UCUGCAUUUUAUUGUCUUUGACACUGAGAUGGCUCAUGACAUCCUAAAGGUGUGGGACGGCCCUGUUGAAAGCAGUAUUCUACUUAAAGAGUGGAGUGGGUCUGCUCUUCCUGAGGACAUUUAUAGCACUUUCAACUCUCUGACUUUACAGUUUGACAGUGACUUCUUCAUCAGCAAAUCUGGUUUUUCUAUCCAGUUCUCAACAUCAGUUGCAUCAACUUGUAAUGAUCCUGGGACCCCACAGAAUGGAAGCAGAUAUGGAGACAGUCGAGAGCCUGGGGAUACAAUCACCUUCCAGUGUGACCCAGGGUAUCAGCUGCAAGGGCAGGCGAAAAUUACUUGUGUACAGCUGAAUAAUCGAUUCUUUUGGCAGCCUGAUGCUCCUACAUGUUUAGCUGCCUGUGGUGGAAACCUUACAGGCCCUGCAGGUGUUAUUUUAUCACCAAACUACCCCCAGCCGUAUCCUCCUGGGAAGGAAUGUGACUGGAGAAUAAAAGUAAACCCUGAUUUUGUCAUUGCCUUGAUAUUCAAAAGCUUCAAUAUGGAACCCAGCUACGAUUUUUUACAUAUUUAUGAAGGAGAAGAUUCCAACAGCCCUCUAAUUGGCAGUUUUCAAGGCUCCCAGGCUCCAGAAAGAAUAGAGAGCAGUGGUAAUAGCUUGUUUCUGGCAUUUCGUAGUGAUGCUUCUGUUGGCAUGUCAGGAUUUGCCAUUGAAUAUAAAGAAAAACCACGAGAAGCUUGUUUUGAUCCUGGCAAUAUAAUGAAUGGAACUAGAAUUGGAUCAGAUUUUAAACUUGGAUCAAGUAUUACUUACCAGUGUGAUUCUGGCUACAAGAUUAUUGAUCCUUCCACAAUCACUUGUGUGAUUGGUGUUGAUGGAAAACCUGCAUGGAACAGAGUUUUACCAUCUUGUAAUGCUCCCUGUGGAGGCCAGUAUAUCGGAUCAGAUGGUGUGGUUUUAUCACCAAAUUACCCUCAUAAUUACACUGCUGGGCAGACUUGUCAUUAUUCAAUUACUGUGCCUAAAGAAUUUGUUGUUUUUGGACAGUUUGCCUAUUUCCAGACAGCACUAAAUGACGUGGUGGAAUUAUUUGAUGGAGAACAUCCACAGGCCAGGCUUCUGAGUUCACUUUCUGGAUCUCACUCAGGUGAGACUUUGCCUUUAGCCACAUCAAAUCGGAUUCUCUUGCGGUUUAGCACCAAGAGUGGCGCAUCUGCCAGAGGCUUCCAUUUUGUUUACCAAGCUGUUCCACGCACAAGUGAUACACAGUGCAGCUCUGUCCCAGAGCCCAGAUAUGGAAGGAGGAUUGGCUCUGAAUUCUCAGCAGGUUCUGUAGUCCGCUUUGAAUGUAGUCCCGGCUAUCUUCUGCAAGGCUCAAAAGCUAUCCGCUGCCAAUCUGUGCCCAAUGCUUUAGCCCAGUGGAAUGACACAGUACCAAGCUGUGUGGUGCCAUGCAGUCGGAAUUUCACUGAACGAAGAGGAACUAUAUUAUCUCCAGGCUUCCCAGAACCUUAUGGUAACAGCUUGAAUUGUGUGUGGAAAAUCACAGUGACUGAGGGAUCAGGUAUUCAGAUCCAGGUAAUAAGCUUUGGCACUGAACAUAACUGGGACUCUCUUGAAAUCUAUGAUGGGGGUGACAUGACAGCACCAAGGCUUGGGAGUUUUUCAGGUACCACAGUGCCAGCGUUAUUGAACAGCACUUCAAAUCAACUUUAUCUGCAUUUUCAUUCUGAUAUUAGUGUGGCAGCUGCUGGUUUUCACCUGGAAUACAAAACUGUGGGCCUUGCUGCCUGCCCAGAACCCGUAAUUCCUAGCAAUGGAUUCAAAGUGGGCGAUAGAUAUAUGGUGAAUGAUGUUUUGUCAUUUCAGUGUGAGCCAGGAUACACAUUACAGGGACGUUCUCAUAUUUCUUGUAUGCCUGGAACUGUUCGCCGUUGGAACUAUCCUUCUCCUCUGUGUAUUGCUAAAUGUGGUGGAACUCUGACAAAUAUAGCUGGAGUAAUCCUGAGCCCAGGCUUCCCAGGAAACUAUCCCAGUAACCUUGGUUGCACAUGGAAGAUAUUGUUGCCUGUUGGAUAUGGUGCACACAUACAAUUUCUGAACUUCUCCACUGAAGCAAACCAUGACUUCGUUGAAAUUCAGAAUGGGCCUUAUCACACCAGUUCUAUGAUUGGCCAGUUUAGUGGAACAGACCUCCCACCAUCCUUAUUAAGUACAACUCAUGAAACACUCAUUCAUUUCUAUAGUGAUCACUCAGAAAAUAGGCAAGGAUUUAAACUUUCAUAUCAAGGUUAUGAAUUACAAAAUUGUCCAGAUCCUCCUCCUUUUUUAAAUGGAUAUAUAAUCAACUCAGACUACAGUGUGGGACAAUCUGUCUCUUUUGAGUGCUACCCUGGUUAUGUUCUGAUUGGUCACCCUAUUCUCACUUGCCAGCAUGGGAUCAAAAGGAACUGGAAUUAUCCUUUCCCAAAGUGUGAAGCUCCUUGUGGCUAUAAUGUGACGUCUCAGAAUGGUACUGUGUAUUCCCCAGGAUUUCCAGAUGAAUACCCAAAUUCAAAAGAUUGUACAUGGAUUAUUACUGUACCACCGGGCCAUGGGAUCUAUAUCAAUUUCACCUUACUCCAAACAGAGCUAGUGAAUGACUACAUUGCAGUUUGGGAUGGCCCUGACCAAAAUUCACCUCAGCUGGGAGUGUUCAGUGGGAAUACAGCUCUUGAAACAGCUUAUAGCUCAAUCAAUCAAGUUCUCCUCAAGUUUCACAGUGACUUCUCCACUGGAGGGUUCUUUGUUCUAAAUUUUCAUGCAUAUCAGCUUAAGAAGUGCCAGCCUCCACCAGCAGUUCCACAAGCUGACUUGCUUACAGAAGACGAUGAUUUUGAAAUAGGGGACUUUGCCAAGUACAAAUGCCACCCUGGCUACACCUUGGUUGGAAAUGACAUGAUGUUCUGUAAGUUAAAAAAACAACUCCAAUUUGAGGGUUCCCCUCCAUUUUGUGAAGCACAAUGCCCAGCAAAUGAAGUCCGUACGGAUUCAUCUGGAGUAAUUCUCAGUCCAGGUUACCCAGGCAACUAUCCCAAUUCACAAACCUGUGCCUGAACUCUUAAAGUUGAACCAGGUUACAACAUUUCUGUCUUUGUAGAAACAUUUCAAAGUGAAAAACAGUUUGAUGAGCUUGAAAUAUUUGAUGGUUCUUCUGGUCAAAGUCCUUUACUGGUUGCUCUGAGUGGAAAUCAUACAGGACAACUUAAUUACACAAGCAAAACCAAUCAGUUGCAUUUGCGCUGGUCAACUGACCAUGCAACUAGUAAGAAAGGAUUCAAGAUUCGUUACUCAGCUCCUUACUGCAGCUUAAACCAUGCUGUGAAGAAUGGUGGAAUUGUAAAUAAAACAAGGGGUACAGUCGGCAGCACAGUUUGUUAUUAUUGUAAGCCUGGAUACAGAAUGAUUGGCCACAGCAAUGCAACUUGUAGGCGACGCACAAAUGGCAUGUAUGAGUGGGAUUUCCCUGCCCCUCUCUGCCAAGCUGUAUCCUGUGGUAUCCCAGAAUCUCCCGGAAAUGGUUCAGUCUGGGGUAAUGAGUUUAUUUUGAGCAGCAGAAUAAUAUAUGAAUGUAAUGAGGGCUUUAAGCUGGAGUCAAAUCAACAAGCAACAGCAGUAUGUCAAGAAGAUGGAUUGUGGAGCAAUAAAGGAAGGCUACCUGUCUGUAAACCUGUGACUUGCCCCAGCAUUGAGACUCUGCUCUCAGAACAUGUUGUCUGGAGACUGAUUUCUGGGUCAGUGAAUGAGUUUGGAACACAAGUCAUGCUGAGUUGCAGCCCUGGCUAUUAUUUAGAGGGUCAGAGACUCAUGCUGUGCAAAGCUAAUGGAACAUGGAGUGGUGCUGAUGAGAGACCAACCUGUAAGGUAAUCUCCUGUGGAAGUCUCCCAACACCACCAAAUGGCAAUAAGAUUGGCACCUUGAUUGUGUAUGGAGCUACAGCAAUCUUCACCUGUAACACCGGAUAUACACUAGUUGGGUCUCACGUGAGAGAAUGCUUAGCAAAUGGACUGUGGAGUGGCACUGAAACACAAUGUCUAGCUGGACAUUGUGGUUCUCCAGAUCCAAUAGUAAACGGCCACAUUAGUGGGGAUGGUUUCAGUUACCGUGACACUGUGGUGUACCAGUGUAAUCCUGGCUUUCGACUUGUUGGCACAUCUGUUCGAAUAUGCUUGCAAGAUCACAAGUGGUCUGGACAAACACCAGUUUGUGUCCCAAUCACAUGCGGCCAUCCUGGAAAUCCUGUUAAUGGAGUCACAAAUGGCACUGAGUUCAAUUUGAAUGAUGUUGUCAACUUUACCUGCAAUACUGGAUAUUUACUUCAAGGGGCCUCCCAAGCACAGUGUCGCAGCAAUGGACAGUGGAGUAGUUCUUUACCUACUUGCCGAGUUGUGAACUGCACAGAUCCAGGUUUUGUGGAAAAUGCUGUUCGUCAUGGGCAACAGAAUUUCCCUGAAUCUUUCAAAUAUGGAGUCAGUGUGGUAUACCACUGCAAGAAAGGAUUUUAUCUUCUAGGAUCUUCUGCACUGACCUGCAAGGCUACUGGUUUGUGGGACAGAUCACUACCCAAAUGUUUGCCAAUAUCAUGUGGACACCCUGGAGUUCCAGCAAAUGCAAUUCUGUCAGGAGACAAAUUUACAUAUGGGUCUGCUGUUCGCUACUCCUGCACAGGAAGUCGAACUCUCAUAGGAAACUCAAGUAGGACAUGCCAAGAAGACAGCCGCUGGAGUGGAACUCUGCCUCACUGCUCAGGAAAUACCCCAGGGUUUUGUGAUGAUCCUGGAGUACCAUCUCAUGGAACUAGACUUGGAGAUGAGUUCAAGAUAAAAAGUCUACUGCGUUUUUCCUGUGAAAUGGGUUAUCACCUGAAAGGUUCCCCAGAAAGAACAUGUCUCCUUAAUGGGUCGUGGUCUGGUUUGCAGCCCGUGUGCGAAGCUGUAUUUUGUGGAAAUCCUGGAACGCCAGCCAAUGGCAAAAUAACCUACAGUGAUGGGGUUUCAUUCUCAAGCUCUGUCAUAUAUGCCUGUUGGGAAGGCUACAAAACUUCAGGGCUAACUACUCGGCACUGUACAGCCAAUGGCACAUGGACUGGCACUACCCCAGACUGCACAGUGAUCAGUUGCGGAGAUCCUGGUGAAUUAGCAAAUGGUUUUCAGUUUGGAAAUGAUUUCACAUUUAACAAGACGGUAACCUAUCAGUGCAAUCCAGGCUAUCUAAUGGAACCUGUUGGAGCAUCUACCAUAAGCUGUACCAAAGAUGGCACAUGGAACCAGAGUAAACCCAUUUGUAAAGCCAUCACAUGUGCCACGCCUCCCCAAGUGCAAUAUGGAAAGGUGGAAGGGUCAGAUUUCCAUUGGGGCUCUAGUGUAAGUUACAGCUGUGCUGAUGGGUAUCAGCUUUCCAAUUCUGCUAUUCUUUCUUGUGAAGGACGAGGAGUAUGGAGAGGAGAUGUUCCACAGUGCCUGCCUGUGUUCUGUGGAGAGCCUGGUAUUCCAGCUGAGGGGCAACUUAAUGGUAAAAGUUUUACCUACAGAUCUGAAGCAUCAUUUCAGUGCAGACCACCUUUUAUACUGAUAGGUUCACCAAAAAGAAUUUGCCAAGCAGAUGGCACUUGGAGUGGAAUUCAGCCGACGUGCAUUG